AGCAUGCCUCCAGAGGCGCGAGGGUUUUCCAGGCUGCUCAUGAAAAUCGAAGGUACAGUCAGCAAACCGGCAAACGACCCAGGAAGCCGGCUAGGGACGCACGGAGUAGCAGCCGGGACUUCGUAGGACCGGGCCAGGACGCUACGUUGCCGGAGAUGGCUGGGGAAAUGACGGUGCUUGGUUCUGCUGUUUUGACGCUCUUGUUAGCUGGAUAUCUGGCCCAACAGUAUUUACCUAUGCCCACCCCAAAAGUAAUAGGGGUUGACCUUGGCACCACGUACUGUUCAGUUGGCGUGUUCCUUCCUGGCACAGGGCAGGUGAAAGUGAUUCCUGAUGAAAAUGGGCACAACAGCAUCCCGAGCAUAGUGUCAUUCACUGAGACAGAUGUAUAUGUGGGAUACGAUGGGCUAGAGCUGGCAGAUGCCAAUCCACAGAACACUGUGUACGAUGCCAAGCGAUUUAUAGGGAAGAUCUUCACGCCAGAGGAACUGAUUAGUGAAAGCAGCAGAUACCCAUUUAAGAUCCUUAACAACAGGGGAGCUGCUGAAUUUUCUGUCGCAACCAACGACACGUAUAAUGUAACACCAGAAUAUAUCGGUUCUCAGCUUCUUUUGAAAUUAAAGAAGAUGUCAGAGGAGUACCUUGGAAUGCCAGUUUCCAAAGCAGUGAUUUCGGUGCCAGCCGAGUUUGACGAAAGACAACGAAACUACACAAUUAAGGCAGCCAGCCUUGCAGGUCUGGAGAUCCUGCGGGUCAUUAAUGAGCCCACUGCUGCAGCAAUGGCGUAUGGGCUCCACAAGGUUGAUGUGUCUAACGUUCUGGUAGUAGAUCUAGGUGGAGGAACAUUGGAUGUUUCUCUGCUCAACAAGCAAGGAGGAAUGUUUCUGACACGAGCCAUGGCAGGUAACAAUAAGCUUGGGGGACAGGACUUCAAUCAGAGGUUGAUGCAAUACCUGUAUAAUGUGAUCUAUCACAAGUAUGGCUCUCUGCCCUCCAAAAAGGAAGAAAUACAUAGGCUCAGACAGGCUGUAGAAGCCAUCAAACUAAAUUUGACAAUUCACAGCUCUUCCUCAAUCAGAGUUUCUCUUACUGUGCCAGAGAAGAAUGACCAGAUUGAAGAUGUGCAGGAAGAGCACAAGGAUUACAGUGAACAUGAAAAUGUACCUUUAGAAACAGAACCUGGGAUGAAAGAGAAUAGGAGGGACAGCUUUUCAGAAACACAGAGCAAUGCUUGGAAGAAAGUUCUCUUUGAAACGGAAAUUUCCCGAAAACUUUUUGAGACAUUAAAUGAGGACCUUUUUGAAAAGAUCCUUGUGCCCAUUGAGCAGGUAUUGAAAGAAGGACAUCUACACAAGACAGAAGUAGAUGAGAUUGUAUUAGUUGGAGGAUCCACUCGAAUUCCAAGAAUACGUAAAGUUAUUACAGAAUUCUUUGGGAAGAAACCCAACACAUCUGUUGAUCCAGACCUUGCAGUUGUAAUAGGGGUGGCUAUACAAGCAGGAAUUGUUGGGGGAUCUUGGCCUCUUCAAGUUAGUGCUGUAGAAAUCCCAAAUAGGCAUUUACGAAAGACUAAUUUCAACUGAGCUUCAGUGUUCGUAUCCCUUUCCAUUAUUUGUAGAUCCAUGACUAAGCAAAGUUCUGUUUGUCUUAACUUAAUUCCAUUUGCAUGUUGUUGGACUGUUCAGUAUACAUUGGUACUUUUUUCCUUAAGGGAUUAGAAAUUGGAAAUUGAGGGAAUUCUGUUUCUACUUGAGCUGCAGGAAAACAUAUGCUCAUUAUGUGAAUGAAUGCCAAUGAUCAGAAGCGUUGCUUCUGAAGCAUAAUUUUAUUCCCCCCCUUAAUUUAAUAAUCAACAAAACCUCAGGACUUCAUUACUUGAAAAUUAAACAAAACAAUUUUGGAGUAAUGAUGGAUAUAGUGUUGACAUUGUAUCCUGGAAUUUCCCAGGAGCUUGUAUUAACUAUGCUGGCCUGGUAUGUAGCAGUAUUAAUGCAGAUAGCACAGCUGAACUUCAUCUUAAAUGGUGUUUAAGAGCACUUUUCUCAAUGUUGUGUUCCAGCUUCAAUAUGCUUUAGAUAUUGUCAAAAUUUCCUGUCUAAUAUGUUCCUUAACAGCAGUAGCCAUGGGGAAUCAUCACUUUUGGAGACCUCUUAAUAUUUCUCAGUUUGAGGUAGUAAGAAGCAGUAGUUAUGUAUGGUGACUUGCCAUGUAGAGAUGGAUGCUAGUAGCUGUAUGCAUGUUAUCAACUGGAAAUUCAGAGAUUGUGUGACUUAACUUCAUUUGAAUGUAAUGCUAACACCAGCCCUCCUAAACCUGGUGCCCUCCAGAAGUUUUGGACUUCAACUUCUAUCAGCCCCAGCCAGCAAGGCCAAUAAUCAGGGAUGAUAGGUGUUGUAUUCUGAAACAUCUGGAGGAAACCAAGUUGGAGAGGACUGUGCUAAACUAUUGAUUACUGUAACAUGAGUGGGCCUUGACUCGUACACUCCCCUCUCUUCCUUGAGUAAGGCCAUGAGAAGAACAUUCAAAGCUUUGGCUUCCAUUUUCAGUUAACCACAGUUUACUGUAAUGUUUGAGCUCUAAACUGUGGUUAAUCAUAAUAAUGGUUUACUGAAACAAGCCAGCUUCAUAAACCAUUGUUUGAAGUUAGCUUGUUUCAGUAAACCAGAAUUUGUCCAUGUUUGGCCAUGCCAGAGGGUAUUUUUUUCUAUAAUGGAGGUAACUCUAUCCAUGCUUUAGUUUUAAUGUUCAUGCACAUCGGAGGCAGUCUUUCUAACCAUCUCAUUCAAAAUCUUUGAAAUAACAAAAUUAGUCAAAGCUUUGGUAGAAAAUACUAAAAAGAAAAACUUUUGAAAAGAGAACACUCCAUUCUUGUUAGUAACAAUAUUGGUAUUUUCAAACUGCUGAUGUUAGUCAGCAGUAUUGUAGUAAACAUGUCAUUGUUUACUGCUCGUUUUAAGUUUGCUUCCAAGUUUGCAAUUAACCUGUAAUCUAAAUAAUUGGGUGGGGGGGAAUCACACAAAGUGUUGCACUGUAAAUGCAAGCAAUGUGGAGUGUUCCCGGGUGUUCAUCCACAUAGACAACAGUGCGAACCAGGCAGUCUGAGAUACGACCAUUAGCAAUAUUCCUGAUUGUACGUUCUGGAAAACGUGCCACAUAAUUUGUAUAAUAAACGUAUCUCUGACUGCCCAGUUCAUGCAUGGUGUUUGUCCACAUAGGCACUUUGUCAAAAGACUGUCAGGACCACUUUUGUGUAGAACAAAACUUAUUGUAUAGAAUGAGCACAUUGGUCAAACCUAGGUACCCCAUUGAUGAUUCAGGAAUUGGUGGUGAUGGUUUGAAGAGGAAUUUCCUGAUUAUUGGAAAGGGGUAGCUGGAACUGUUAUUGUUUAGAUAUUGUGAUCUACCCAUAGGUUUUGUGUAGAUACUACAGAGUGGAUUGGUAUUAGCAGGGCCAUCAAAUACUUCACCAAGAUCCAAAGAAAUUGGUUCCAAGAGCCCAACAAGCUUUGGAUUUGAGUUUCCCCUCUCCCUUCAACUAUCAGUUCCCAUUCUACAAGGCAAAUUGCUUUUAAAAUUUGGGAGACUUUCAAAAUCAGUUUGCGAUAAAUCAUGGGUAUUCUGAAUUCAUGGGUGUCUGCUAUUUGAUGAAAAAAAUACCAAAGAUUCUACUACCCCUUGUGUGAACCUAAAUAGCUCAAUGGAUUUGGGGCAUUCCUGUCUUAUUUAGGAUCUAUAUAAGUAGCCAAGUCCUUAAUUUUAAAAGGACCUAAUUUUGUAAAAGGUGCAUAGCACCAAGAGGGGAGCGAAAUAAAAGGAGAAUGUAGAUCACAGAUUAUUUAAAGGGACCGAAGGAAAUACAUAACUUAUUCCGGUUGGGAGGCUCUCCUUACAGUAUCUGUGGAUAGAAAUAUGAACUGCAUUUGUCUCAUGAUGAGGGAAACAUGCAUCUAACCUUUUAUAAUCUUGCCAAUGCACGGCCAACUCCUGUUGCCUCUGAACUGGAAGCCAUGCUUCCAUAUAUUAAUGGGGGUCAGGAUUACACUUCUUGCUCAACUUAGCAAGAAGAAAAAAGCUUUGCCUCACAGAGCUUAUUGUAAAUGCUGUUUAUCAAUCAAUUUUUAUUUAAAAUUUCAUUAGAACCUUGAGCUGUCAAGUGAGGAUUUUAUGUAGCAAGACAAGGUACAGGGUAAACUAUACAAAACUGGAUCAAGUAUAGGUAAAAGAUGAAGCAUACUUCAGACUUGUAGCCUUGGAAUAAUUUUUUGCCUCUCAAAUUCAGAUUGGUCAGGGACCAAAAUAGCUUCUAGAAGUUUUUGAAGAGCAAAAAUGAAGCGAUCUCUGGUGGGUCUGAUUCCAAAAGACUGUUUUAACUGCUGUGGUGCAAAUAGCAGCUUGUACGGGUGGAAUUAAAGCAGACCUCUGAGCUUGGUAAAUGGAACAGACUUGAUAGUCUCCCUUCAUCCUUAUGGUUAGGUGGGGCUGGAGGCAGCUUCCCAGCUUCUGAGGUGCUGUGCUAGUGCCGAACCUAGUAGAAUCUGACCAGUUUUAAGAGGCUGAGAUUCACUUGAAGGUUUAGAAAGUGUUGUUUUGCAAUGAAGAAAAUAUAUUUUGGGCAUUACUUAGGAUAGCAGUUUCUGAAACAAACAUGUGACCAUAUUUUUGACAUGGCUUUUAAAUGGCAACACAUUAUGUAUUCAAAUUGUUAUCGUGGGUUUCUAUAAAAUUAAUAUAUGAAAACAAGAUUUCUACUCCCUUAUAUGUCUUUAUUUGAAUCCUUGCUAUCUCUUGCUGCUAUUACUACUGUUCCUUCUGGAUUGUGGCACAUAAAAUGGUUUGCAGACUGAAGUGAAACAGCUUUUCUGGAUGAAACAAUUUUCUUGGAGAAUGCAUUUACAAAUGUUCUUUUUGUAUUAUCAAAAUAAAAGACUUUUUAUAGUGUCUAUGGCACUUAUAAGACUAAUCAUUGUAAAUUAGGGCAGGGCAAUAGA